CGCGGCGGCGCGGCGGCAGCAGCAUCGGUGCAAGCGGGCAGGGGCAGCGCUGCGCCGAGCCUGCCGAGUCGAAGUCCCGGGCUGGCGCGGCAGCGCGGGGCGCGGGGACGGCGCUGCCGGGCCGCGGGCCGGGCGGGUGGGCGGAGAACGCAGAGGGGCGAGGCCCGGCUGCAGGGUCUGCUCGGCCCAGGAGGAGCCCGCGUCCAGCUCAGCCUUGCAGCCCCGCGCCCUGAGCAUCUUCCCGGAGGAACGGAGACAAAGGAGGAUUCAUGUCCAAAGGGCUCCCGGAGACCAGGACGGACGCAGCCAUGUCAGAGCUGGUGCCUGAGCCCAGGCCUAAGCCGGCAGUGCCCAUGAAGCCCGUCAGCAUCAACCCCAACCUGCUGGGCUACAUUGGCAUCGACACCAUCAUCGAGCAGAUGCGCAAGAAGACCAUGAAGACUGGUUUCGACUUCAACAUCAUGGUCGUUGGUCAGAGUGGACUGGGCAAGUCAACACUAGUCAACACCCUCUUCAAAUCCCAAGUGAGCCGCAAGGCCUCCAGCUGGAACCGGGAAGAGAAGAUUCCCAAGACAGUGGAGAUCAAAGCUAUCGGGCACGUGAUAGAGGAAGGCGGUGUCAAAAUGAAGCUGACUGUCAUCGACACGCCAGGCUUUGGAGACCAGAUCAACAAUGAAAACUGCUGGGAGCCCAUUGAGAAAUACAUCAAUGAACAAUAUGAGAAAUUCCUGAAGGAGGAGGUGAACAUAGCCAGGAAGAAACGCAUCCCUGACACUCGUGUCCACUGCUGCCUCUAUUUCAUCUCCCCGACGGGACACUCCUUGCGACCUCUCGAUCUGGAGUUCAUGAAACACCUCAGCAAAGUUGUGAACAUCAUCCCUGUCAUUGCUAAGGCUGACACCAUGACCCUGGAGGAGAAGUCUGAAUUCAAGCAAAGGGUUCGAAAGGAGCUUGAAGUAAAUGGCAUUGAAUUCUACCCCCAGAAGGAAUUUGAUGAGGAUUUGGAGGACAAGACAGAGAAUGACAAAAUCCGGCAGGAGAGCAUGCCUUUCGCUGUGGUUGGAAGUGACAAGGAGUACCAAGUGAAUGGCAAGCGGGUCCUCGGCAGAAAAACUCCCUGGGGGAUCAUUGAAGUGGAAAACCUCAACCACUGUGAGUUUGCCCUGCUUCGAGACUUUGUCAUCAGGACCCACCUCCAGGACCUCAAGGAAGUGACACACAACAUCCACUAUGAGACCUACAGGGCCAAGCGGCUCAAUGACAAUGGAGGCCUCCCCCCGGUGAGCGUGGACACAGAGGAAAGCCACGACAGUAACCCAUGACGACCCUUUCUCUGUAUCAUCACACAUACCCACUUCUCCAUGCACACACAUCCCCAAACCACCACCAACCACCUUCUUCCUUUCUCUCCUGUCCCACAGGCCUAUCUGGUAAUUGUGGAGCAUCUUGUCUACAGUGUGUGUGUGUGUGUGUGUGUGUGAGAGAGAGAGUGUGUGUGUGAGAUUGUGUGUGUGUAUGUGUGUGCGCCUGUGCAGGGGUGAGGUAUUUUGACUGCCCUCCCUGGAAAGUCCCUUGUAAGUUUGGUUCCUCCAUGGCUGUCCAUUAUCUGUCUCCUUUCCUUGUGUCCCAGAACAAAGCCGUGUGCCUCGCUCAAGUUCUGGGGGAGGUUUUAUUUAAAAAUGAUGGGAGCAGGUGAGCCACAGGUAAUGCUUUCUUACCUCUGAAACCCACCUGCAAACAGGGACUGCAGAGAUUCUCCAAGGACAGUCUGUGGAGCUAGACCUGGGAGGGGACGGGGAGUUGAUGACUUAACCCUCUCUGUAAGUCCGGGUUGGUCUGGGGUAAGGCUAGGACUAUUUGGGAGAAGAAAGGUCAGGGGAGAGCAGAGAAGUAGCCCAGAGCUGGGCUCCUGCAGAAAGAAGUAGUACCUAGAAGUGGAGGAGAGAGCUCCACCCUUUGGUCCGUGUCGCGUUCACUGUCCGAAAGCUACUACCUGUCACCACCAAAGACUGCUUGCUUUCCGCAGUCCCCUUGCCUCGCUCCCCUCGGCUUCCACUUCCUCUCUUUUCCCCCUUUCCCUCCUUCCUUCAUUCUACCCCCUCUGACUUUUCACUUCUUUUUACCCUAAUCCCCUUUAGCUUCAUUUCUAUAUUUAGGAUUGAUGCCCAGUCUACUUCCCAAAACGACUUUAGGCCACUUAAAAUAAAAUCAUCGCUUAAAUCACAGGACAGUACAAACUGAGAUUUCAAGAGAAAUUGGAUUUAUAGAGAGGCAUGGGAAAGAAAGUUUCUGCGGUCGAGCUCUGAAAAUGGCCCCGAGCUUGUGGGCAGCCCAGCAAAGGAGGAGAUACAGCGAGUUAUGCGGUGCCCACGGGUUAAAGAAGCACAUGUCCUGGUCAAGUGAGACAACCUGUUCUAGGCAUUAAGUUCUAGAAGAACUGAGCCUAAAGUAUCAAGAACAAUAUACAGUAUUUGUCUUUCUUGGUAGUUUGGCAAUUUUAAACCACACCUCCCUUCUCUCCAUCAGGAUUCUUCCUCCUUAAAGCUGGCUUCUGUUUCUCUCUUCUUCUUGUGUAUACUUGACCCCCCGCCCUUUACUUCUCUUCUAUUCUCUCUCUGUCUCACUGUCUCUCUCAUGUUGAAGCUAAUUGCAUUUUUGUCUGUCUUUCUCUACUUUUCCCCAGUUCCUCUUCCUGACCCCUGUAGACAUUCCCAGUGAUAGCCACAAUCAUACAUGUAGCCUUUUCUUGCCUUUCCCUUCAGCCCUGUAUUUAUUAAUGCAUGUAUUUCCCCUGUUGUUUUACAAACAAGUUACUCUUUCUCCUAUAGUCUGUAAGGUGGCUGAAAUUUGGGGCUGGGGAAACAGUUUAGCCUUAGGCAAGGGAAAACAAGUGAUACAGUUUACAGUAACCUCUUACAACCUCCUGUUCCAUCUCCUGGUCUAACCCUAGGUGUUUUACUGGUCCCCUGCAGAUCCCAGCGUUGAUAGUCCCUUAUCACUCAGGUGCUAGGAGAACACAUAGACUUAAGACCAAGACUCAGUGGACCAGGAGAAAGAGGCAGGUGAUCUGUUGCCAGUGGCCCAAAACUCAUGGUCACAGUCUUUCCUGGAAGCACCUUACCAGUCCAACCCACAUCUUCCCUCACCCACAAAGUUAUUCGAGGCAGGAUAGAAGAGCGGCAGGGUUAGAGCCCAGAGGUUGCUACAUUUCAACAGAAGAGGGAUCCCUAGCUUAUAUGGAGACGUGGGACUAGACACCUCGGCCUAGCGGGGAAGGUCUAGGGGUGGGGGGGGGUAUUGGAGAGGCUGAGUAGGAGACUGAUGCUUGGCGCCCCUAAAUCAUGAUCUCAGCCUCCCUGGAGAAGCUGUUUUAUAUGUCUGCUGCCAGCUGCUGGUCUCCACACCCUCAACCGUUCUCAACCCCCCCGCAGGGAGAAGGCCUCCUGGGCAUUGUCCUUCCACCUGUGCCAGCCACCCCCUGUCCCACUGCAGAAUGAAGGCCAUUUCAAGCACCGCUCCUCCCUCCAUUCCUCUCAGCUGUUAUUGCUGCAGGGCCACGCCCUUUUUAGUGCUGUGUGUGUCCAGCCAACACCACGGCCCCUCUCAGCCCUCAGCCGGUGGGAGGGGCCGGCUGCCCCUUUAGGACAGUUGCUUCUUCCAUUCAUCCAAACCACCCCUCUCCUCCCAGUGGAAUGGAGUUCUCGCCAGCACUGCCCUCCUCCAUCAUCUGUGUCAGCUGGUCCUAGCCCAUCUGUAGGGUGAAAGAGCUCACCAAGAGCUCCUUCUGCCCUUGCAAACCCAUACUGGCUACUUGUAACCAUCUCCAAGGGAAAUGGCAUUGUUCCCUGUCCAUUCAUCUGCAUGAGCUACUCUUGGCUUCCUCAGAGGGUCAAGAAAGCAACUUUUCUCCUUGUCGGAUUUGUUGACGUCAGCUGUGUGAGCCCCAAGGUGGGACGAGGGUGCCUCCUUCAUUGCUCAAAGCUUAUUUAUAAGGGUGGGUCACUACAGA